CACCAUCCAACCAACGCAUUACCCAACCGCAUCACCAUCGCAAGCACAGCCAUGUCGCUUCAGGAAGCCGUCCGCAAGGCAACGAGCGAAAACAACACCAGCGAAGACUGGGCUCUAUUUACCAAUAUCUGUGAACAAGCUGGGCGAAACGAAGCCUCGGCUCGAGAGGUCGUGGAUGCCGUCCGGGUUCAGACCACAAACCGCAAUGCCAACGUCGUUCUGUUCGCCUUGACGUUGGCAAACUCGCUGGUCAUGAACUGCACGAUCGUGGUCCAUCGAGAGAUCGCCUCCAGGUCCUUCUGCGAUACGCUGGUGAAGCAGAUCAACAACAGAUCGAUCCACGAGGCCGUCCGGACGCGAAUGCUGGGCAUGAUCCAACAGUGGGCCGAGGCCUUUCGCGGAAACUCCCAGCUUGGGUAUAUGGAUGACGUUUAUCAGCAGCUUAAGCACCAAGGACACCGUUUCCCUGGACCACCCGAAAAGGAGCCGGUCAAGCAGAGCACUCUACAGAAACGAGCAGAGGAGGACGAAUUGCAGAUGGCUCUGGCGAUGUCGCUGUCUUCGGAGGAGCAAGACCGAGAACGACGAGCCAAGCUGCGACAGUCGUACUCCAAGCCCGUCGAGUCUCCUAAACCCCAGCAGGCUCCGGCGCUCUUCCAGGUCCGAGCUCUCUAUGAUUUCGCUGGCACGGACGAAGGCGAGAUCCCAAUGACGCGGGGCGAUGUUAUCGAUGUGUACGACGCAACCACCUUCAAGGAUUGGUGGAAGGGCAAGAGCCGCGGCAGGAUCGGUCUGUUCCCUUCCAACUAUGUCGAGCGCCUCCAAGCAGGCGCCGGUACCAGGACCGAGGGCCCGAGCGAUGCCACCAAGGGCGACGUCUUGGCCCACACUCAGACGAUCGAGGAGCUCCUGCAGCUGCUGACUCGCCUCGAUCCUUCGCGGGACAAUGUUAUGGAAAACGCCCGAAUCCAGCAACUCUAUCAUGACACCAUCACGCUUCGGCCAGCCUUGGUCAGGAACAUGGAAGCCGCACGGACGCAGCAGGAUGAGCUGCUGGAGCUGAGCGAUCGAUUCGUCAAGGCCAAUGCCACCUAUCAUCACCUUAUGGAAUUGGCCGUUUCCCAGUACCACACAGGUCUGGGGCGGCAAACAGGCAUGCCGGGUUAUUCGCAGCCGGGUGCAAGCACCUAUGUUGUCGCCUCGCAGCCGCCUGCAAUCAUCGGGCAGCAGCAGCAACAACAGCAGCCGCCGGCUGCGGGGCCUCAGGGAUACUUCACUGGAGGCCCAUCAGGACCUCUGCCUGGGGCUGGAUACGGCUACGGCGCUGGACAAGUGCCGGUCGCGGGGCUGCCACCGUCGGUCGAUCCCUACGGAACAGCGGCCAUCCAGGGCUAUCCCAGCGGGCAGCGCUGAGGCGGAGAGCAUCCCAGGGCCGGAUGAGGACAGCAGCAGCACAGCAUUGGCGAACCGCUCGAUUCUGGCCUUGAUUCUUUUGAUGUGUGGCUGCUGGUUUUGGAACUUUGACUGAAAUAAAGACCUGAGAUAUGACAAA